AUGGCUCCCAGUCAGCUGCCCAACAGCUCCUGGCAGAACGGCUCAGCCCCUCUCUUCACCGGCCUGGACCUCCUCCUGGAGCUGAAGCCCCUCUUCAUCCCGCUCUACGCCACGCUGGUGGCAGUGGCGUGCACGGGGAACCUCUUCCUCAUCCUCCUCAUCGCUCUCACCAAGAAGCUGCACUGCACCACCAAUUUCCUGAUCGGGAACCUGGCGGCGGCCGACUUCAUCAUGUGCCUCGCCUGCGUCCCCCUCACCGUCUCCUACGCCUUCGAGGUGCGGGGCUGGCUCUUCGGGAUGUUCAUGUGCUACUUUGUCACCUUGAUGCAGGCCGCCACCGUCUUCGUCUCGGUGCUGUCCCUCACCGCCAUCGCCAUCGAUCGGUACGUUGUGGUGGCGUACCCUAUUCGCAAGAGGAUAAGCCGCAGGUCCUGCAUCUGCCUCGUGGCCUCCAUUUGGUUACUCUCCAUCACGGCCUCUGUUCCCACGUCGCUGCACACCCACUACCUGGAUCUCAACGCCAUCGGCCACGACAUGAUCAUCUGCGAAGAGUUUUGGAAGCACGAAGAGAGAGAGCGGCUGCUGUACUCGUGCUUGAUGCUCCUCUUGUCCUACAUGCUCCCACUUUUGGCCGUAUCGGUCUCCUUCUGUGCCAUCACCUACCACUUGCGGAGGAGGAACGUCCCGGGCGCUGCCUAUCCCUGCCAAGACAAAUGGACCAAAACGAAGCAGAAGACCUUCCGGGUGCUCACCGUCUCGGUGGUGUGCUUUGCUAUCUGCUGGCUGCCCCUCCAGGUGGUGAACUUCAUCAGAGACAUCGACGAGGAGUUCACCAUCCUGGACAAGAGGUACGUCAACGUCAUCCAGGUCUCGUGUCACCUGAUUGCCAUGAGCUCUGCCUGCUACAACCCCUUCAUCUAUGCCUCCCUCCACGACAAGUUCUGGUUCUACCUCAGCAGCUACUUCUACCGCAAGAAGAAGAGCUCCAGCAUUAUGUCCUGCAAGGCUUCUCGAUUCAAUACCUGCUCCACCCUGGCAGAUGCUCCUACCGGGGCCUCGGAUAAGAUAGCUUUGCAGAUGAGGUUCUCUUAA